AAAUAAUUAAUUAAGAAUAUUAAGUCUAAGGAUUUACACUUCGCAUUUUUAGAAUAAGCUUAUAAUUUUCAAUUAAUAUCCAAAUACAAGCAAAAUAGCCAAAAGGCCAAAUUAAAUUCUACAAGAAAUUGUAUCUUUUUCAGAAAUUGAAAUCUGAAAUAUUGUAUGAUAUAAUAGAACGCUUCCUUAAAUAUGUAACCUGAUCAACAUAAUUAUAGUCCUCCUCUUUCAUCUGUACUAAAUUUAAAAGAAAAUGAAGAAGAUAAAAGAUAAAACUUAAAUGAUAUUUCAAUUAAAUAAGAUUCUUAACUAAAUUCAUUUUUAUCUGCAUAAAACGCUGAAGAGACUUAAAAAAAGAUAGAUGAUAUUUCAAAAUAAAUAGAUUAAAUGUAUGAAGUACUUCCACCUGUUACUAAUUUCUUUAAAUUUUGUUUCAUGAUGUUUGGUAUUUUAGCCUUUGCUGGAUGGAAUGCAGUAAUUACUGCUUUUGAUUAUUUUUCUGUGCGUUACCCUAAAGAAACUAUUCCAGAUGUUACAUUUUAUUUCCCUUUUGGAGUUAUGGUGGGUGAUUUAUUAAGUGGAGUCACUUUUGUAGCUUAAGCAAAGUAUUUUUCAGUGAAAUCAAGAUUUAUGUAUACUGUUACUGUAGAAGUAAUUGUUAUUAUUAGUCUUUGUAUAGUUGCUAUGUGCUAUAAUAAUAUUAAUGGUUUUUGGAUAUCAAUGGUUUUAUUAUUUAUUGAUGGCUGGGCUGAUAAUGUAAAAACAAACACUUUUGUAGUUAUUGCAGGGAGUGUUCAUCCUUAAUUAAAUAAUCUUUUUUGGACAUACACUGCAUUUUCUGGCUUAAUAAUGAAUGCAUUAAGAUUUAUUGUAUUAGGGAUAUUUGGAGAUGAUCUUGAUAGCAAUGCUAACUAUGGUACUUUGCUUUAUUUUAUAGCCUGUGCUAUAAUAUUUAUAAUUGCAAUUAUUUGUUUUGCCAUUUUUAUCAAGUCAAAUUACUACAAAACUUCAUUGUAAAUUGAUGCCCUAAAAUAGCAAAAGAUCUAAUUAGAAAAAGAAUUAUAUUUUAUUAAAAACCAAACCGAGUAAAUUAGCAGCACUAUCUAACACAAAGGAAUUUCUAAAAUGUUUUGGGCUGCUAUUAAUUAUUUAAAAGAGUUUAUUUUUAUAACUAAGCACACAGGAUUCCUUUCAUUAUACCUUUUCAUUUCUUUCUUUGAAACAUUCUUGCUUUUUCCUGGAGUUUGCGUUUUCAGAAAACCUGAAUUCAAGUUCUUAGAAUUUGCAUGGGCUGCAUAAGUUAUGAUGACAGCUUUUAACCUUGGAGAUUUUAUUGGGAAGUAUAUAGGUUAUAUUAAAUAACUACAUCGUCUCUAUUGGAUUUAUGGGCUGGUAAUUCUAAGAAUUUCUUUUGUACCAAUAUUUAUUUUGAUGGCCUUAAAUGAAGGAAGUUCAAUCUUAUAAAAUGACUACUUUAUUAUGUGUAUGAUAUUCCUUUUUUCUAUAACUAAUGGGUUUAUUACUACAAGCUUAACUCAUUUAUCUCCAAGAAAAAUAACUGAUCCUUAUAUUAGGGAUAAAGUUAACUUUUUUAGUAAUUUUACUAUGACCUUAGGUAUUGAUCUUGGCAUAGUCUUAGCUAUUUUCUUAAGUAACGCUCUGCCAAACUACAGUUGA